CCCAGACCGAAGCAAGUGGUUUACUUAGGGGGCCACACCCGGAGUCUUUGACCAAGAGGUCUAAUUCACAAGAUAGUGGAGCAACGUAAGGAGAUGCAGUCCCAUGGUAGCCGGUGACCAACGAUUGGUUCAUACACCAUUUGUUCCCUCAGGAUACUGGAGCCCAUGUGCACCACUGACUUGGUUUGGGAUCCGGUUAAAGAGCCGGACAUUCGCUUUUCGUCCUCUCAUUUUCGUAAACAACAGUAAUGCCACGAGAAGGCAGUGAGUAGGACUUCCCUGGCAGAGGCUGUAUACGCGCGGCCGUGUGAGAGCAUUUCGAGAGGGAGAGCAGACUCUCCCCACUCUCGGCCGUACCAGGGCAUUUGGGGGCACAUCCUAUUAUGGUUUGUCAUUUUUCACAUCUUUCCGUUUAUAUUCUUCCGCAGCUAAUAACUUACACACUUCAUAUUAUAUAACUUUAAUAAUGUUUUGUGAUUAUUAUUUUAAAGUCCGUUUAACGACAUUUAACCUAUUUCUUAUGUUGAACUAAUGAUUAGAAAAUUCGUUAUUUUAUUAUUCUUAUCACUACUACUAGUAGUAGACCUGCCUUGUCACUAUCAAUAUGUCAGUAUAGGGUUGUGGAGAUUGUUGGGUUUCGAUUGGUUUCAUGAAUGGAUCAAUGUUGAACCAGCAUUGAAAACCUGGGAGCACUGGACCACUGUUUGGUUCUAAUAUGAGACUCAUCAUCACGAUCCCGCACGCGGGGCUCUAACUCGAGACCUUCAGUCUCGAGUAUGACAGCUUAACUUCUAGACCACCUGGGUUCGAAUCCUGCGUAUAGGAUCGUGAAUGAGCACUGAUGAGGAGUCCCAUACUAGAACGAAACAGAUGUCCAGUGCUUCCAGGUUUUCAAUGGUGGUCUAACAUUGAUUCAUUCAUGAUAUCAAUUCUAAUAAUCUGAACUCUUCAUGUCUCUGGAUUAUACUACUCGAAUAACAUCUUCAAACCCCAAUCUUUCCGAUUACUGAGAUGGUGGAGAAGAUUUGUAGCUCAGGUGGAUGACUCUGGUGGAGUUUUGUUCUCUGAGCUGGAUAGUUUAGUCGUAGAGCUUUCAUCAUUCUUCUGAACAAGAUCAUCAGCACAAACUCCGCAUGUGGAGAAAUUCAAACACUUCACUUCUACCUGACGUUUGUGCUGAUGAUUUCGUUCAGAAGAACGAUGAAAGCUUCACGACCUAACCACUUCCAAUUACUGUUUAUACUUUUACUACCUCUAGCACUAUGGGAUUUGAAUCGACAAUCGUAUCUCUGUGCUAAUGUGGUAUUGCAACUUGAACUGAUCUACGUACGUACAAAGUUCUACGUUGUUACUGACUGAUCAAGAUGCAAUUACACUUACUUCAGUAAUCAAUGCCUCAAUAUGAAACAUCUUUAUAGAAAAAAAAGAUUGUUCUUUGUACACUUUUCUUUUCUUUUCUACUUUUCUUUGUUUACAGACCAAUACAAGAAUUGAAAGAUGCUAAAUUACGUAGUAAAAGUGCUCAAACGUUUGUUGAACUUCAAAAGAAUAUUGAAGUGAAAUUAAAUAUUGAUCAUUUAGGAUUUGAUAAAUAUGCAUACAAAGUAAGUUAAAUGUUGUUGUGUUCACCUUUCCUCUUUCUCCUGGUGAUCGACUGGAUCAUGAAGGCGUCAACAUCUGAGAGGAAGCCUGGGAUAUAUUGGACAGCUAGGAUGCAGCUGCAUGACCUAGACUUCACAGAUGAUCUGGUUAUUCUAUCGCAAACGCAACAACAAUUUCAGGAGAAGACGAACAGUGUAUUAGCAGCCUCAGCAGCGGUAAGUCUCAACAUACACAAAGGGAAAAGCAAGAUUCUCCGACACAACACAGCAUGCAACAGUCCAAUCACAAUUGACGGAGAAGAGCUGGAGGAUGUGGAAUCCUCUACAUAUCUGAUCAGCAUCGUUGAUGAACACGGUGGAUCUGAUGCAGAUGUGAAUACGCGGAUCAGCAUGGCAAGAGAAGUUUAUUUACAACUGAAGCACAUCUGGAACGUGAAACAAUUGUUAACCAACACCAAGGUCAGAAUUUUUAAUACAAAUGUCAAGACAGUUCCACUGUAUGGGGUGGAAACUUGGAGAAUUACAAAAGCCAUCAUCCAGAACAUACAAGUGUUGAUUAACAGUUAUUUACACAAGAUACUUCGGAUCCGUUGGAUAAACAUUAUCAGCAACAACCUAUUGUGAAAGAGAACAAACCAUAUUCCAGCGGAAGAAGAAAUUAGGAAGGAGUUCGGGAAGUGGAUAGGACACACAACGAGGAAAGCACUCAACUGUGUGACAAGGCAAGCCCUCAUAUGGAAUCCCCAGAGCCAAAUGGGGAGAGGAAGAGUAAAGAACACAUUACUUCGAAAAAUGGAGACAGACAUGAGAAGAAUGAACAAAAGUUGGACAGAACUGGAAAAGAAGGCCCAGGACAGAGUGGGUUGUAGAAUGCUAGUCGGUUGCCUAUGCUCCAUCGGCGUAAAGCAAAAAAACAAAAGUCUCUGUAAUUAUUUUGACAAUGUUUUUUCAUUUCGAUUCAAUAAACAAUGAAGGCUUAGUAAAUACUGGAUUACCCCUAUAAUGAGAAGAAAGAAAGUAUAAACUGAAUAUGGAUUUAUUUUAUCUAAAAUAGAAUAAUGAUGUUCACAGUUUAUGGAUUAAUAUAAGACUACACUUACUUAGUAUAAGGUCUACUUUCGACUUUAUCGAGAUAAUCAAAUCGAUUAGUGAAAAUUGUAUGGAAUAACAAUAAUGCACACUAAUGACUACUGAUAUCCAUUGUGCAAAGACUUAAAAAUAUAUCAAAACGACAACAUUUCGUCUGUGUCAGUGAAGAUUUAUUAUCUAACAAAAAUACAACAAUUAAUUAUUUCAGUCUGUUAUCCCUAAAGUAGCAUAGGCCACCCACUAGCAUUUUUUAUCCGACACUGUUCUUGGCGAUCGUUUUCAGUUGUUUCCAGUUGCUAUUCAUUCUUUCCAUGUCUGUUUCUGAUUCUUGCCGUAGUGUGUUCCUUGGUCUUCUUCUUUAAGGUUUCCUUUCAGGAUCCCAGGUUAGAGCUUGCCUCGUGAUGCAGUUUGUUUAUUUUCGUAAUGUAUGUCCUAUCCACUUCCAAUGUCUUUUCCCAAUUUCCUCAUCAACUGAAAGUUGGUUUGUUCAGUACUAUAGUAGGCUGUUGUUGAUGGUAUCCCGUCAGUGGACACUGAGUAUCUUUCAUAGUCAAUUGUUUAUAAAUACUUUCACAUUUCUGAUAAUGUUUGUAGUAGUUCUCCAAGUUUUAGCUCCGUACAGUGGAAAUGUCUUGACGUUCGUAUUGAAGAUUCUGACUUUGAUAUUGCUUGAGAGUUGUUUUGAGUUCCAUAUAUUCUUCAAAUGUAGGAAUGUAGCCCUUGCUUUACCGAUCCUCGCCUUUACGUCUGCAUCAGAUCCUCCUUGUUCAUCGAUGACGCUACCCAGAUUAAUGAAAGUUUCCACCUCUUCCAGAGCUCCUCUAACAAGUGUGACCAAGCUGGUGUUCUCUGUAUUGCAUUUGAGGGUCUUUGUUUUGCCCUUGUAUACAUUGAAACCUACUGUUGCAGAGACUGCUGCCACAUUGUCUUGGCCUACAUUUGUUCGUGUGUAUGGGAUAGAACAGCUAGGUAAUCUGCAAAGUCUAAAUCAUCUAGUUACAUCCAACCCGUCCGUUGUAUUCCGUGCUUCCUUCCAGAUGUCGAGGUCUUUAUAAUCCAAUCAACCAUCAGGAGAAAGAGCAAGUGGGAGGGUAAUCAGCCUUGUCCGACUCCAGUCUUCACUUGGAAUGCCUCUUUCAGCUGUCCUCCAUGCGCCACUUUACAGUAUAGUCCGUCGUAUGGAUUCGUAUGAUGUUAGUGAUUUCCUCAGGUACACCACAGUUUCGAAGUGAGUUUCAUAAUAUUCUCCUAUCCACACUGUCAAAUGCUUUCUCAUAAUAAGUGAAGUUGAUAUAUAGUGAGGAGUUCCAUUCGACUGAUUGAUGGAAGAUUUGGUCUGUGCACGACCGAUUCUUACGGAAUCCAGCCUGUUGAUCUGGAAUCUGGACGUCUCCUGUAUCUCUCAUUCGUUCAACAACACUGUGCGGAAAACUUUUCCUGGUGCUGACAGUAGUGUGAUUCCUCUGCAGUCGUUACAUUUGUUUAGAUCUACUUUUUUUUAGCAUGUUGAUGAUGUGCCCUUCAUUCCAAUCUGUCGGUUUUUGUUCUUCCUCCCAAAUCUUCCUGAAUCGAAUGUGAAGCAUAUUUGCAGUUACUUCUAUAUCUGACUUGUGUGUUUCGGCUGGCUUAUUUUCAUGUCGUUGGUGGGGUAACAUUUAUAGGAAGGCCUGUGUGUGCUGCUUCGACAUUCGUUGGAUUUAAUGGAGCUGGUCUAUUCAGGAGCUCCUCGAAUUGUUCCACCCAUUUGUUCUGUCCUUGAAUCUCAGUGAUUGGUUUGCCCUCUUUGUUCUUAACUGAUCUAUCUGGUUUACUACAGUUCCCUUCCAGUUUCUUCGCUAUGUUAUAUAGUUGUUUCAUAUUUCCUUCUCUUGCGGCUUUUUUCGCCGUCGUUGCUAGUUCUUCCACGUAUUUCCGCCUGUCGGCUUUGAUGCUCUUCUUCAUUUGCUUGUUUGAUUUUGUGUAUUUAUCUUUUACCUUGAUUUUCUCUGCUCUUGUUAAUUAAUUGCUUAUUAAUUGCUUUCUUCUUGUUCUUCCUUUCUUGAAUCUUUACUUGGAUCUCGAUAGAGAUCCAUUCAUUAUGAUGAUGCUUGUUGCGGUCCAGAACCUCCUGACACGUUGUAGUUAAUGCUUCUUUAUCACCUUCCCAAUUGUUCUUCAUAGUAGUUUCUUCUUCUUUAAACAGAUCUUGUAAGACUUGGAGCCUGUUAGUGAAAGCUAUCUUGGAUUCGCUAAGUUUGUCAUUAUGUUGAAGGAUGUCUGUAUUGGACCUUUGUAAUGCUGUUUGUCCAGCUAUCCAAUGCUUUUUUAGCUUUAGUUUCAUCUCGGCUACAAACAGGUGAUAAUCUGAAGGUAUGUUAGUUCCUAUCCUGGUUCUCAAGUCUUCCACUGACCUUCUGAAUUUUUCAGUGAUGUAAAUACGAUCGAUCUAGUUCGCAGUAGUGGGAUCUGGUGAGAUCCAUAUAGUUUUUUUGUGUUUGUUUUUGGAGAAAUAUUGUGCUGCUUAUAACUAAUUUUUCGAAGGCACAUAAAUUUGCUAACCUAUCUCCAUUCUCGUUCCUUUCUCCUAGUCCAUAUCGUCCCAUUCCGACUUUGACGUUUAGUUCUCUCAUUAGGUUGACCAAGUCCUUUCAUUCAUGAGCACUUCUCUAUGAUCAACUGCAACCUCUCAUAAAACUGAUCCUUAUUGUUUCCAUAGGUUCAUAACACUGGAUUCCAUUCAUGAUGAUCCCCUUUUUCUUCGUUAUAAGUCACAUCGUAUCAUUCUAUUGUAUCACUUCAUUUACUUCUUUUAAACAAUAGAUCAAUCGUGAAAAAUAUCUCACAUAUGAUGCAGUGAAAAUACUCACUUUACCAAGUAAAUAUCGUACAGAAUCAAUGAUUCAUUCAGCCACUGUAUCUGUUAUUGCAACAACAGAAGCAUUCAGUGAAUUCCCAAUUGCUAUGCAAAAAGCAAUUAUAGAAAAAGCAUGGUAUGAAAAAUAUGAAGCUAGACGAAUGAUAAUUCGACAAGGCCAACCACCAUUAAAUUUCUACUUCAUCAUUUCAGGUUCUGUGGUUGUGAGUGUAUCAAGAAAAGAUAAACAAACAGGAGAACCUUAUGAAGAGACUGUAGCUUUUUUAAAAGCUGGACAAAGUUUUGGAGAAUUAGCUUUAAUUUAUGGUGGUAAACGUAGUGCAACUAUUAUAUGUAAAACAUCCGUCGAACUAUUAGUUAUGUCACAUGAUGAAUUUAAUAAAAUCUUUAUGCAAAAUACCCAACAUCAUGAAGCGGAACAUAUAACCUUUUUACGUACUAUCCCAUUGAUACCAAACCAAAUUGUAAAUCAUUUAAAUGGUGUGGAUAGUUCCAUUUUAUUAUUUACAUUUUUUAGACGUAAUGUAACCAUCUGUAUUGAUAGUAAUCAAAGUAAUUGGAUUUAUAUUAUUAAAACAGGACAAUGUAGAAUUCUUAAAGAUGUUGAAUUAAAACCGAAACAUUUAAAGUCAACAGUUAAAACGCAUAGACCUAAAACUGAAUUCCAGUAUUAUUUUGAUUCGUCCAAACACCAUGAGAAAUCAAAAGUAAGUUAGCUAUAAGAAAAACUUAACUCAGUUAAAUGUAUUCCUGAAUUCAUGUAUUAUCCCCUUCUAGAUUAGUAAGAUUAGAUUUCUAAAACGUCUUUGUUUAGAAUUUAUUCUAUUUGUUUUUUUAUUUAAACACAUAAACAUUGGUACAAAGAGGCA